AUGCAUAUGAGAAGUGCACAGGCACGUGUAGCAAGUCUGCCUGUUUUGAUAUUUGUGCAGCUAGUCUUCUCUCUCCUCCUUCCUUGUCUAAUAUUUUCUCAACUUGGAAGAGCAAUUACUCUAGAAAAUUUGUUGGAGUGGUGGUAUAUUCCUGUCAAUGUCAUUAUGGCUACAAUAUCAGGAUCCUUAAUUGGUUUUAUUGUCGCAUGCAUUGUUCGACCCCCAUAUCCAUAUUUCAAGUUCACUAUCAUACAUAUUGGAAUUGGGAACAUCGGGAAUAUACCUCUUGUGCUUAUUGCAGCUUUAUGUCGAGAUGAAUCCAAUCCAUUUGGUGACUCUAACAAAUGUAGCCAAGAUGGAAACGCAUAUAUAUCAUUUGGUCAGUGGGUUGGCGCAGUUGUUCUGUACACUUACGUGUUUCAGAUGCUUGCUCCACCCCCUGGAGAAACCUUUGAUAGCCUUGAAGAGGAGAAGCUCCCAAUUGCGGCUCCUGUUAUUGCUAUUAAUAAUGCUGUACCUGAGCAAGUGCCGUUGCUAACUCAACAAAAGCCUGAGGCAAUAAUCUUAGAAUCUUCAAAAAGAGGAAAAAUAAUCAGCCGGCUGCACCAUCUUGUUGAAAAAUUGAAGCUAAAACAGAUUUUUCAGCCUCCUAUAACUGCUUCUAUCCUGGCAAUUGUUAUUGGAACUGUACCUUUCCUAAAGAAAUUGAUCCUUACAGACGAUGCUCCAUUUUUCUUUUUCACUGACAGCUGUCUCAUUCUCGGGUAUGAUGUCCUCUUGUUCAUUUUUAUCAUAACACUUUAGCUGUUUAUGUAGUAUAAAUAAUAUUUCUUAUCUAAUGGAAAUAGAGUUUGCAGUCUUGACGGUGGCUAGCAGACGUGAUUGAUCUAAGUUACAAAAUUAAAACUUUUCUUUUCUCCUUCACAAGCCUGCUGAAAAGUAAUCCACCAGAUAAAUACUUGUCUAUCACGAGAUUAGAAAAUAUAGUUGACUGUCAAUGAGGUAGGGCCAUAUUAGUUGAUUAGCAAAUCCGGCCACCCCCGGCGACUGGCGGCGGCGAACACGCCGACGGCUAGAGCAAGCCGUUUUGGACCCAAAUCUGGCGAUCAGCCGGCUCCAACCCACCACACGUCAUGGCCAAGCAGUGAAAGAAGAGGAGAGAAAGGCUAAGGAUUCUCACCUCCGCCCCAACGUACAGCGCCUCUCUC